AUGGCUUUCCGACUGCUACGGCUUCAUGGAUAUAGUGUCUCACCAGAUGUGUUCAAGAACUUUGAGAAGGAUGGGGAGUUCUUUUGCUUUGUUGGGCAGUCGACUCAAGCAGUCACAGGGAUGUAUAACCUCAAUAGGGCCUCUCAGAUAAGUUUUCCAGGAGAGGAUAUUUUGCACCGUGCUGGGACUUUCUCAUAUGAGUUUCUUAGGAAAAGAGAAGCUGAAGGAGCGCUUCGUGACAAAUGGAUUAUAUCUAAGGAUCUACCUGGCGAGGUAAUAUAUACACUGGAUUUUCCUUGGUAUGGAAACUUGCCACGUGUAGAAGCAAGAAACUAUCUAGAACAGAUGCCUCUUGUGAAUAACAAUGUAUAUCUUGAGUUGGCAAGAAUGGACUUCAAUUAUUGCCAAGCUCUUCAUCAGCUUGAGUGGCAAGGGCUGAAAAAGCUUAACACAAAUGGAAAUGAUGCUAUUCUUGUGAGGGCACUUCUGCAGCUUACUGAUUCGUUAGCACAAGAAGCGCAACCGAUUCAUGAAGGUCCAGAGUACAUCCACACACUAUUGACAUCAGCUUGGACUGAAUGGAUAAGUGAGAAGACAAAUAUAGAAGCCAACGUAUAUAAUGAAUCCAAUACUAUGAAACAAGGAUCAUGCAUGGUUCAUGACAAGCAAACAUGUUUGCUUUUAGUUCAAAUGAUUGAGAUUUGUGCUGGGCAAGUUGGUGAGGCUGCAUCAUUGAUCAACAACAAAAAUGGUGAUCGAAUUAUUCAACUCACAGGAUCUAUAUGCGACAGUCUUAACCAAAAGAUGUUACUAUCUCAGGAUCCCUAG